UUGGCAACACUGCAAAUCAGGAGGAUUUAGCUAGCUAGCUAGCUAGCUAACUAACUAGAAGGUAGUGAAGCUAGCUGAAUUUGAGGCCACAUAUUUUUAUUUUGCCUGUGCAGAACAUUGUUUGUUAGGUAGCUACUUAGCAUUCUGGUGAUACAUAUAACUAACUAACUAACUAGCUAGCAUAGCUACCUAACUUAUCAUAGCAAUCCACAUCCACGUAAUGGCAGGAAACUUGAAAGACAAAGAAGCUUAUCAAAGACUGAACUUUCUGUAUCAGGCUGCACACUGUGUUUUGUCUCAAACCCCUGAGAAUGUGGAAUUAGCUCGUUUUUACUGCUUCACUCAGAAGACCAUCGCUAAACGUUUGGUGCUGAGACAAGACCCCUCAGUGAAAAGAACAUUAUGUAAGAAGUGCUGCUCUUUGCUGGUUCCAGGAUUAACUGCCACAGCCAGACAGAGAAGGACUAAGCACAGAAACCGCAUGACAGUGCUGCAAUGUCUAAGCUGUGGGCAGAGCAAGAGGUUCCUUAACAAUCCGGAGCAUCGCCUGUGGGUGGAUCAGCCUGAGGCCCAGCUGGAGAACCAAUCACAGCCAGAACAAGGUCACUCCAGUAAAGAGUUGCAGAAGGAGAAAGCUGAUGGACCCGUAUCUCAGAAAUCCUCUACAGGGCCUUCCUCUACCCAGCACCAGGUGUCUCCAUCCAAGCCCAAAACCUGAGCCCUGUGGCCUAUGUAGCCUAUUCACAACUGGACAUAGCUUCUUGUGUGGGUGGCAUUGACACAUAUUUUCAACAAUUCCAG